UGAUGAUGAACUAACUCUAACUGUUCUAACGAAUCAAAAUUUAAUUAAUGAAGAUUAUGAAAUUCUGAUUAAUAAUGAAGAGUCCUCUACAGAGAAAAAUGAUCGUGCUUUAAGUAAAGACAGUAAAGACAAUAUUUCAUUUGAGCAAUUUACUGCUCCUGAUUUUGACGAUUUUGAUUCUGAUUUAGAAUAUAGAUAUUCUAAUACGAAUAUUAAUUUCGAUGAUUCAUGGAUAGUGUUAUGGAUAUUCAAGUAUCAAUUAAGAUUCCGCCUUCCAGACACUGCUAUUGACAUACUUAUUAGAUAUUUUAGGAUAGUUUUGUUAGAAACUGAUCAGUCACAAUUUAAAGGUUUCCUAACAAGUUCCUAUAUAGCAAGAAAAUUGUUAGAAGUCAAAAGACAAGAAAAGACAUACACAGUAUAUCCAAAAUGUAAUGUUUUAUAUAAAAUCUCAGAAAUCUUAACAAAAAAUGUGACCGAUCAAUCGAGCUCUGGAUUCAAAUGCACCUAUGUGGAAUUUUCAAAUUACCCGAAAUAUAGCAGAAGACAGCCAUGUGAAACUGAGUUAGUCAAACAUAUGCCA